AACAGAGAUCGAGAGAGAAUUUAGCAAUGGAGGCUGAAGAUUCGACUCGGGAGUUCAUGAGAGAUGUUAAGCGCGUCAUAAUCAAGGUCGGAACUGCGGUUGUCUCUAGAGAUGAUGGGAGAUUAGCUCUUGGAAGAUUGGGUGCACUCUGCGAGCAGAUUCAUGAACUUAACGAUAUGGGAUACGAGGUUGUUUUGGUCACUUCCGGUGCUGUUGGUGUUGGUCGUCAACGCCUUCGAUACAGGAAAUUAGUCAACAGCAGCUUUGCCGACCUACAAAAACCGCAGCAGGAACUUGACGGAAAAGCUUGCGCCGCUGUGGGGCAAAACGGUCUAAUGGCUCUCUACGAUACUUUGUUCAGCCAGUUGGAUACGACAUCCGCACAACUUCUAGUAAGCGACAAUGAUUUCAGAGAUCCGGCUUUCCGGAAACAGCUAAACGAAAACGUCGAAUCGUUGUUGUCUCUCAAAGUUGUUCCUAUUUUCAACGAAAACGACGCAGUCAGUACCAGGAAAGCACCAUAUGAGGAUUCGUCCGGGAUAUUUUGGGACAACGACAGUUUAUCGGCUCUUUUAGCAAUGGAGCUAAACGCCGACCUUCUCGUUCUGUUGAGCGAUGUGGAUGGUCUUUAUAGCGGACCGCCAAACGAAUCGCAUUCCGAAUUAAUUCAUACGUACGUGAAGGAAAAACACGAGGGCCUAAUUACUUUCGGCGAUAAGUCGAGGGUCGGAAGAGGAGGUAUGACUGCUAAAGUCAAAGCUGCCCUUUACGCAGCUCAAGCCGGUACCCCUGUUGUUAUCACAAGUGGUUUCGUGGCCGAUAGUAUAAUAAAAGUACUGGAUGGGAAGCAUAUCGGCACGCUGUUCCAUCAAGAUGCUAGUAAGUGGGUCCCACACGGAGAGGUUGGUGCGCGUGAGAUGGCUGUAGCAGCUAGGGAAUGUUCUAGAAGACUGCAGGCUAUGUCUUCGGACGAGAGGGGUAAAAUUUUAAUCGACGUAGCUGAUGCUUUGGAAGCAAACGAAAAGGUGAUAAUCGCCGAAAACGAAGCCGAUGUCGCUCUUGCCCUUCAAGACGGAUAUGAAAGAUCGUUGCUGUCUAGGCUCGAAUUGAAGCCUGAUAAGAUUAAAAGUCUUGCAAAUGCGGUUCGCAUGCUAGCAAAUAUGGAGGAGCCUGUCGGCCGAAUUUUGAAGAGAACAGAGCUUUCAGAAGGAUUUGUAUUGGAGAAGACCUCGUGUCCAUUGGGUGUUCUUUUGAUCAUUUUCGAGUCUCGUCCUGAUGCAUUAGUGCAGAUAGCUUCAUUAGCACUACGGAGUGGGAACGGGCUCCUUCUAAAAGGCGGAAAGGAGGCUAGACGUUCAAAUGCAAUCUUGCAUAAGGUGAUUACUUCAGCCAUCCCGGAAAGUGUCGGGGAACAACUUAUUGGACUGGUGACUUCCCGAGAAGAGAUCCCCGAAUUGCUCAAGCUGGAUGAUGUAAUCGAUCUUGUGAUUCCGAGAGGCAGCAACAAACUUGUUACUCAAAUCAAGGCUGCAACGAAGAUUCCCGUUUUAGGUCAUGCUGAUGGAAUAUGCCAUGUUUACGUAGAUAAGUCGGCUGAUAAGGACAUGGCGAAACAGAUUGUUUUGGAUGCAAAAACGGAUUAUCCUGCUGCGUGCAAUGCUAUGGAAACACUACUUGUUCACAAGGAUUUGGUGCAGGACGGCAGCCUAAACGAGCUUAUUGUCGAACUUCAAUUCAAAGGUGUCAAAAUAUUUGGUGGACCAAAAGCUAGUGCUUUACUGAAUAUUCCAGAGGCGAGCUCGUUGCACCAGGAAUAUAGUUCUCUUUCUUGCACUGUUGAAAUUGUUGACGACGUAAAUGCCGCCAUCGAACAUAUACACGAGCACGGAAGUGGACACACGGACUGCAUUGUAACUGAAGAUCGUCAAGUUGCGGAAGCAUUUUUACGUCAAGUUGACAGCGCUGCUGUAUUUCACAAUGCGAGUACAAGGUUUAGCGAUGGCUUCCGUUUUGGAUUAGGGGCAGAGGUUGGCAUUAGUACAAGCCGAAUUCAUGCUCGUGGCCCUGUAGGUGUUGAAGGAUUGCUUACAACACGAUGGCUUGCAAGAGGAAGUGGGCAAGUGGUGAAUGGUGAUAAAGAGAUUGCAUACACUCACAAGGAGUUGAAGCUGCAGGCUUGAAUCUACUUGUCUUAUUAUUACUAUUAUUAUCAUAUAUAAUAGAGUUUUACGAAUUUCGAAUUUUGGCAUCUCAUGUUUUUACGAGAACGAGAAGUUUGCAGCAGGUUUGGGGUGUUGUCAUAUGGAAGCAUAAAUAAGUUGGAUGGAAUUGUCCAUGACUGUAAUUUUUUGGCUUUCAUUGACAAACACCGUCGAUUAUUUAACAUUUUUUUUAUUUAUUGA